AUGUAUUUGAAGAAAGAUAAAAAAUUGUUUGAUGAAAAAUUAAAUGAAGAAUUAACAGAAUUAAAAGAUUAUGGUAUUAUUCAUGAUGUAUUAUUAAGGUUGAAGGAUGAAAAAAGGAAAAAAAAAGAAAAGAAAAAAAGAGGUUAUUUAUUUAAUUUAAUAGAAUUAAAAUAUAUAAAUAAAAUAUUAUAUGAAUUAUAUAUAUCUAAAAAGAAAAAAUGCAUAAAAAAUUUUAUAAACAUCUAUGAUGAUAAUACCUCUCUUCAUUUUAAUAUACAAAAAAUUAUACAAAUUGAAAAAGGCAAAAAAUAUGUAGCACUUGCACGUAUAGGACAGAAUGUUCAUAUGAAUAAGAGUCUUCAUUUUUUAAGUGAUGAAAAUAAUAAUUUUUAUAUUUUUCAUAAAAUUAAUUAUUAUGUGAAUAAAGAAUUAUUUGAAAUAAAAAAUGAUGUAAGACAUGUGAGUACUUCUUCAUGUAUUAUUAUAUUUUAUAAUGAAUUAUCUGAUUCCAGAAGAGAAAAAUAUAACAGUUGUAAUUAUAAGAAAGAAGAAUAUAAUAAUAUAAGUCAUAAGAGAUAUUAUGAAAAAUGUAUGGAUGAAAAAAAUAAUAUUCUUACAUAUAUAAAAGAAAACCAGUUAGAUGAUAUAAACAAUAAUAAUAAACAAACAAAAAAAUAUAUAUAUAUGCAUACUAAAAACAACGGAAACAUUAAUUACACUUAUAAUAAUUUUAUACAUUGUGAUAAUUAUACUUUUAUCAAUAAUAAUGAUAAACAAAUAAAAAAAAAUGGAGAUACCAAAAAAUUUGUUGAUUAUUAUAUGUUAUUUAUAAAUUAUGAAAAUAAGUCUAUAUCUCAUAUGUCCUUUAUAAUAAAAUUUAAAUAUAUUUUAUAUAGAUUAUUACAUAAUGAAAAAAAUAGACACAAAUUUAUUAUUAAUAAUAAUAAUAAUAAUAAUAAGAAGAAGAAUGUAUGUAAGAACCAUAAGAUAUAUAAUACAAAGGGUGUUGAAAAUUAUACAGUAGAAAAUAAUAAUAUGAAAAAUAAUUCGAUAGAUGAUAUGAACAUGAGAAGUGUUCGUAAUUUUAUUAGAGAUCGCAAAAAAUAUAAUAGAUAUAAUAUUUUUGCUGAAAAUUAUUUGAAAUAUUCCUUCAAUAACAAAAAAAGAAGUAAGUGUUUAAAAAAAGGGAGACUCCAACAUUCUUUGGAACGCAUUGCAUUGUGGUUAUUACCUGAAGGUGGUAAAAAUAAAAAUAUAAACACAAAUAAAAAUAUAUGUCAAACUAAAAAGGAUGAUAAUAUUAUUUGUAAUGAUAAUAUUAUUUGUAAUGAUAAUAUGAAAUGUUAUAAUACCCUUUGUUGUAAUUAUGAGAUUUAUAUAUACCACAGUGAUAUAUUAAAGAGAGAAAAAAACAUCUUUGUAACAUUUAAUAAUAUGAAUCAAUGUUUUUAUAUUUUUAUAUACCCAUAUAUAAUAUAUUUUAAUAAAUACAAAUAUGUGCUAUCACAUGUGACACCUAACUUAAAAGAGAAAAAAAAAAAAAUAAUAAAUAAUAAUAAUAGUAAUAAUUUUUAUUUAAUAUUAAAAUUUGUAGUUGAGCUAUUUAUAAUUUUUCGAAGUAUGUAUAAGAAAAAAAAGUUAAUAAACAAAUUGAAAAAAUAUCUUUCGAAUAGAACCCUCAAGGGAUAUAUAAAUUAUGAUGACCUAAAUAAUAUGGAAAAAAUUAAUAAUAAAAAGAAUAUUGAUAUAUGUAAUUAUAUAUACAUUUACACAUUCUAUACUAUUAUGGAAAAUUUUUGUUUAAAAGAAAAGAAUUAUAAUAUACAUAAUACAUUAUUUCAUAAAAUAAAAAAAGUGAUAAUGAAAUAUGCCAAUAUAAUACAUUCAAAUAAUAUUUUUAUAAAAUUUAUACAAAAUAAAUUAAUACGAAUAUGUAAAAAUGUUACAGAUUUAUUAAAUUGGAAUAAUAUGUUGCAAAAUAUUAUAUUAUCACCAAAUCAAUAUAUUUAUAUAUAUUUUUUUUUAUUAAAAAAAAAAAAUACCAAAGAACAAUUAAAUAUUUUAAAGAAAGACAAUAUGUCAUAUAAUAAAAAUUAUUAUUAUAACAAAAGAAAAGACAAAGAAGAAAAAAAAAAAAAAAAAAAAAAAAGAACAAAUUUUCAUUUAAUUAAUAUUUUUAAAAUUACGACAUCAUAUAAAAAUAAAAUAUUAAAUAUAACAAGAAAUAUAUGUUUAUCUAUAUAUUUCUUUUUUUAUAAAUAUAAUACAUUAACUCAUUUUGAAAGAAUAUUUUUAUUAAAUCAUUUCCAAUAUAUAUUAAAAAAAUUUCCAUAUCUUUUUUUAUUAUUACAUUUUAAAAUUAGAAACAAGAUAGAUAAUAUCUUUUAUAUCAAAUUUUUUCAAUAUCGUAAUAAUAUGUUUUUUAUAAAAUUAUUCAAGGAUAAAUAUCAAAGUCAAUUAAAAUUUAUUAAGAAGAAGAAAAAUAAAUUAUUAAAAAAUAUAUGUUAUUCUAAUGAAGUAGAAAAGAAAAGAUUUCUUUUCUUAUUCAAAAUGAACAAAUGGUUAUUGUAUUUUUUUUUAUAUAUAAUGAAUUUAUAUUUUUCAGAAGGCAAAUUUGGCACAAUCACAACAAGAAAAAAAAAAAAAAAAAAAAAAAAAAAAAAAAAAAAAAAAAAAAAAAAAAAAAAAAAAAAAAAAAAAAAAAAAAAAAAAAAAAAAAAAAAAAAAAAAAAAAAAAAAAAAAAAAAAAAAAAAAAAAAUGAUAUAAAUGAAGAUAUAAAUGAAGAUAUAAAUGAAGAUAUAAAUGAAGAUAUAAAUGAAGAUAUAAAUGAAGAUAUAAAUGAAGAUAUAAAUGAAGAUAUAAAUGAAGAUAUAAAUGAAGAUAUAAAUGAAGAUAUAAAUGCAAAUAUAAAUGUAAAUAUAAAUGAAGACACAAAUUUUGAUGUACAAGAAAUAAAAAAAAAAAAAAAUAUUCCAAAUAAUGAAAAGGAAGAAUUGUCAAAUGAAUUUAUUUAUAUGUAUAAAUAUAUUUUUUAUAAUUUUAAAAAAUUUAUAUAUAAUAUUAAAAAAGAAAAAAAAAAUAUUUAUAAAAAUUUGUUCGAAUAUAAAAACAAAAAUUAUAAUAAUAUAAAUACUGAGCAAAAAUUAAAUUUUAUAUGUAUCAAUGAUAAUAAAGACACUAAUAUGUGUAAUGACAACGGUGAUUAUUUUCAAAGGAAACAAAAUUACGAACAUAUAUCAUCACAAAUAGAACCUUUAUUAUCAUCUGAAUAUAUAUCAAAAGUUAUUUCUGUUGAGCAUUUUUUAGAUUUUAAAUGUCCAAACAUAAAGUAUCAUAAACAAAAUUAUAAUUCAAUGAAUAUAAAUAUUAAUCAAAAAAGAACAUAUGAAGAAAAAAAAAAAUUUAUAAGUAAAGAAGUUAUAAAAAAAAUUUUCACUUUGAAAAAUAUGAAAUAUAUAGUAUCAUCUAAAUAUAUAAAUAAUCUUAUUCAUAAAAAUAAAGAUAAGGAACAAUUUACAAAAAAAAAUAAAAAAUUAUAUUUUCUUAAUGUACAUAAUAAUAUACAAAAAUCAAAGUUAAUAAAUAUAAUUGAAUUAUUUGAGAAUAAUAUGAAAAAUAUGUUAUUUCAAUUAUUACAUAUAAAAAAUAAUAAUAUAAAUGAAGAAGAAAAAGAUUCUUCUUAUAAUAAUGAUAAUAUAUUUUCUCUUAAUAAAAAUGAUGUUGAUAAAAUAUUAUGUUAUAAAUACAAUCCAAUUAAGGUAAACAAAAAAUUAUGUAUUUUUAAUAAUAUAGAAAAUAUAAUUUUAAAACAUAAAUUAAAGUAUCAAAAAAAAAAAAAAUAUUUAUAUAUACAACCUAAUAUAAUAUAUAAUAUAUUUCAUUAUAAUAAAAAACAAUCUUUUUAUAAAUUAAUUGAAAAAAACAAACAAAUUGAAUCAUAUAAAAUUACACCUAAUUAUCUCAUAUAUUUUGUAAAUGCUCACAUUUCUUAUUCUGUAAAUAUUUUUAAUCAUAAGGAUGAAAAAAUAAGUUCUUCCAAUGAUAUACACAUUUUAAAUGUAUACAAAAAUGAUAUAAUAAAAAAUUUAUUUAUCGAAAGAACAAUGAAUUUUUUUGAGAAUAUUUUGUUUUUAUAUCUGAGGGAAUAUGUUCCAUUUGCACAGAAAUAUCAGAUGACAAAGGAAAAUCACAAAAAAAAAAAUAAAGAAAAAAAACAAACGAAUGAACAUAAAACAAAAGAAACAUAUGAUAAUAGAAAUAAUUGUUCACUCAAUAUUUAUCAAAUUUUUUGUUACGAUAUACUACAAAACAUUUUUCAAAUAAAACAAAUUUUUGACGUAGAAAAAGAAGGGAAAUUCAUUUUAAACGUCUUUAUAUAUCAUGAGGAAAAUGUUCUAUUCUUUUAUUCAUAUAGAAAAAAUAAAAAACAAAAUGAUACAACAAAUAAAUCAUUCUACAAUCCUUUUUUUGUUAAAUUUUUAGAAAAUCAAGAAUAUUAUGAUGUUUCUUUAGACACGUCUACCAUCAGAAAGGAAAAACAUUAA